AAAGACAAAAUCGUAGAUUGAAUAUUGAGAGACGUGGAAAAGAACGUAUGGAAUUAGCAGCACAGAGAAGACAAGAAAGAAUAGCAGCAGCGAAACAGAGAGAUUUACAUAAUAUUCCACAGUUAGAUAGGGGUAGAGAAGUAAUUGAUAAUCGAUUAGAUGCGCAACAGAUAAAUUUAGACAAUAAUCAAAAUAGGUGGCAAGGAAGAUUACGAGUUGUAAAUAUGUUUGGAAAUGUGAUAAGAAGA